AUGGCCAAAAAAAGGAAUUCGAUCACUUCGGUCGACCCGUCGAUCACCUUCCCCUACGGCGUCACCGACGAGCAGGAGGAGGAGUUCUUUGCCAAAGCCCAGGGCAACGCGCCGUUCUACGCGAAAUCGGUGGCCCAGCUGCUGUUCAAGGAAUAUUUGGACUCGUAUUUCAAGGACCAAGAAGACGCGAAACGUGCGUACAUUCGCAAGCUAGUCGACGUGCGAUUCCCAUCGGCUCGAAAGCGUGAUUACGAGAUGAAAUGGAAGAACUGCACGAUAGCCAUCAAUCGGAAUCGGACGUCGUGGAAACCCUCU